AUGCCGAAGGAAUGCAAGUUUGUUCACAACUUUCACUCGGAGCACAAUCUCUAUGUGCUAAAACAGUAUGGACUUGAGAAUUUAAACAGUGAUGAACUCCGCCAGCUGCUUCUUCAAAAUGACCCUUCGCUCCUACCAGAGGUCUGCUUGCAUUAUAACAAAGGUGAUGGACCUUAUGGAUCUUGUACCUAUAAAAAGAUCUGCACCAAACUGCAUAUUUGCCAGUACUUCUUGCAGGGACAAUGCAGAUUUGGCAGCAGCUGCAAGCGAUCCCAUGACUUCUUAAAUUCGGAAUGUUAUGAGAAACUGGAGAGACAGGGAAUGAGCUCAGACGUUAUUGAGAAACUACCCUCCACUUACAGGAACAUGUAUGACAUAAAAAAUGGCACCACGAACGUGUACGACACAAAAGAUGGCAAGUCUUCACCAUGCAAAGAGAGAAAACGCAGCUCUAGUCAAGAGUCCUUAACUACGAAUGAUGACAAAUUGGAACAGAUCUGUUUAUAUCAUCUAUACAAAAGUUGUAGCUUUAAAGACAAGUGUAUCAGAGUUCAUUUUCACUUGCCAUACAGAUGGCAGAUCUCUGAUGGUAAUACCUGGAAAGACUUGAAGAAUAUGGAAGAAAUAGAAGAAGCAUAUUGUGAUCCCAGCAAAACCAGAUUUAGCAGUGGUGUUGUUGAAAGUGGCUCUGUCUUGCCCUGCAUUUGUUUUCGGAAUAUGUGCUGUGGGUUUGCAAAGGUUAGACGUCUUUCUACAGCCUCCUCUGUGACCAAACCUCCUCACUUCAUUCUAACAACAGAAUGGAUGUGGUACUGGAAAGAUGAAUAUGGUCUGUGGCGGGAGUAUGGAAAAAAGGAUGACGAUCAUGCAGCUGCCACUGUCUCCAGUGAUGAUUUGGAGAAAGCUUAUAUAGCCAAAGGUUCUCCAAAGCUGAACUUUAAAGCUGGAAAACAUGAAUAUGAACUCAAUUUUGGAGCCAUGAUUCAAAAAAACCUUCGAUACAAAACAGAGAGAGAGGUUUGCAGAAGACCUAAAUUUGUCUCCCAGUCAGAGGUGGAAAAGGCAAGAAAGAGGGGCUUCAAACUUUCAGAAGAAGAAAGUACCAGCAUGCCAGCUCACUGGGACAAAUCUGCCCUGCCUGAGCUGGGAUUCAAGCUGAUUGAGCUUGAUAGUUCUUCUGAUGAAUACAAGAAAGUCCAGGUAGACUUUCAGCGCACAAUGCCCAAAACAGUCAUUCAAAGGAUUUGCAGAGUUCAGAACCCAUCUCUCUGGGAAUUGUAUCAGUGGCAAAAGGAGCAAAUGCAGAAGAUCAAUGGUGGAAAAGCUGUAGAUGAGAGAUUUUUAUUUCAUGGGACCAGUAAAAAACACAUUGAAGCCAUCUGCCAGCAGAACUUUGACUGGAGGAUCUGUGGCCUUCACGGGACAGUCUAUGGCAAAGGAAGCUAUUUUGCAAGAGAUGCAUCUUAUUCUGAUAACUACUGCAGGGAAGACUCGCACAUCAAGACCAUGUUUCUGGCACGGGUGUUGGUAGGAGAGUUCACUCUUGGUAGAUCUUCUUAUGUUCGUCCUCCGUUGAAGGACAACCAGAACAGCUUCUACGACAGUUGUGUGAAUAGCCCUUCAAACCCUUCAAUUUUUGUCAUUUUUGAGAAGCAGCAGAUUUAUCCAGAGUACCUCAUAGAAUACGUUGACAAGGCAUUGGCAAAAAUGCUAUGGCAGCACAAGCAGUCAUUACAUUUAUCUAGUAAAAUUUUUUUUUAGUGUUGGCUUAACUGAAAAGAGUGAGUUUUAGAAGAAGCAUGCUAGGUAGAUGAGUGGAUGUUCAGACACUUAUUCUCUAGCCUUUCUGUGCAAUAGUAAACUGGGGGUAAAAAGACACAAAAGGUGUUUUUAGACUUCUUAAAAUGCUGUGUCUGUCUUAUUCUUUAGGAGAGAUAAUGUUUCCCCAUGCUACUGGAGCUCUGAGGCUUUUAUAUAUUUACUAGAUUACUUUGUUGAUAUUGUAACAUGAAGAUUCACUAUGACUGCUAAGAUUGUCUUUUUAGUAUAAAGUUAUAAUUGUUUCAGGAUGGAUCUUAACAUUUAAUGAUCGUUCAGAGGCUGUCACCUUCUACAUAUUUAUAUUUUAACUCAAAAUUUCAUAAAAACCUUUUUUAAUAAUUGGUGUCUACAGUAACUGUAGACAAUACAGGCAAUUGCAAAUGAGACUGUACAAUCUCUUUCUCUGUACUUAACUCAUUGCAUAGAUUCUUAGCAACACUGUGAUCUGUCUUUACUUAUUUUUCAGCAACAGAGCCUCAAAAAAUUAAACCUUAUUUGUUGAAAAGGACCAGAGACUUACUUUCACUUGUUCAUUUUCUCUUUUAAAAUGAGUUCUGAAGCCAUGAAAGCAGAGCAAGGAUUGCUUUGUGCUGUUGUGUUCAAACAGUAGAUUUACUCAACCAUGUAAAUGCUCUACUUUACUUUAGGUCUGUGAAAACACAAGUUUUUUUUGUGACUUUCACUGUGCCUACAAACAAGCGUAGUGUGCUUUUUGGGGGCUGGUGGUGAGAAGAAGAGGCAAGUCACUCUGUCAUUUAAAGAACAUCGUGCUUAACAGUGAAAAGUAGUGCUUGCACUUCUUGAUUAGCAAUGACCUAUUUCCAGGCAGUAACAUUAUUGUUCUCAUAGAGUGAAUGUUUGUCUUAAUGUCAUUAGAUGUACUGCCAGUACCCCUUUGGUUGCAGGAGACACAUUGGUUACCUGUGUAAUCAAGGUGUCUUGGGACUUCCUUGCAGAGAAAAACUGUUUAACUGGGAAUGCAUCCCUGCAUUUAUCACUGCUUUAACACUUACCACAAAAGUGGUAAGAUAUAAGGUAAGAAUACUCUGUGUAGGCCAAAAAGCUCAUUUCCACCGUGUUCUAAAAGCACAUAUUUUUAACUCACCUGAAUGCUAACUGACUGACAGGUCUACGCUAACUAACUUUUUAUUGCAUCAGCACUGUGAACCAUGAGCUUAGCCACGAGUAGCUGAAAGGCUGAACAAUUUUUCUUUUCUUUUUUUCUUUUCUUUUUUUUAAAACAAACUGUAAAAGUAGCAGCAUAAUACCUAAAUUAAAUACUCCUAUUCAUGUUUAUACCUAGUAAAGCACAGCACAUACAUAGAAUAUAGUCAACUUACUUUUCCUGUUCUUGAAAGAUUAAUUGUAGUAGAACACUCCCAAUAAAUCUCAUGUCAGCAAACUAUUUUAAUAUAUUCGUAGAAAAGGACAACAUUACGUGUAAAAGGCUGAACUACUACAGAGUAAGAAUUUCUGUUUUGGCAGAAACUCUACAUGUUUAUCUGUAUGUUAUGGGAAAUGAGAAUUCUGAUAGCAUACCUUUAUUUCUUUGAACAUACCAACCCUUGAGCUAAAAACUGAAUUAAAGUCAGUUUAAUACUUCUUAUUACAGUUUUUUGCUACGUUAUCAUAUUUUCUGCUUUUGAAACUGGAGUGGCAUCUUUCUUUUGUGUGGCAAAUAAACAGGUGUUUAAAGUACUAAUAUUUCUAAUAUUUUUGUAACUUUUUCCCCUCAUCUCUAAAUAUGAAAAGGACCCUAGUACACUACAUUUCUGAGUCCUUGGAAACUUUCUUUGAGGUGCUGUUAUUAAAUAGUGGAACUCAUAUACAGCUGUUUGGAUUACAUUCAGAAAUAAACAGAUUAAAGGGCUGUUUGUAUUGAGCCUAAACUUUAGAUUAAAAUUUGAUAUUGAGCCCUUUUUUUUUCUCCCCCCCCCCCUUAGUGAUAAGGAUACCUCUUGACUAUUUAAGACAAAAGAAACUCAGCAUGAGCAGCGUAAUAAUAUCUUUCUCUUUUCUAUACCAUGUGGGGGGGGGGGGGGAUGAUAAGCUUUGAAUCUUAUGCUUCCUUUUUUAAUAACCAGUCCAUCUCUGUUGAGACAGAGGACAAGCCAAGCACAUGAGCUAUGCCAGUAGUGCAUCCUGGAGCACAGUAGUUUUUGACUACUUAAUGGCAUUUACCUGUAAUCAGGCUUGUCCUAUUCUGCCUAGGUUUUUAUAAGCUGUGGUUGUCAGAGUCCUACCUAUAAGUAAGUGGAUAGUAGCAAACAAGUGUCAGUACAUUGCCUAGUUCUGAUACCAUCAGCCUGGAAGAAGUAGGGAGGCGGUGGGGAAGAGGAACUUAGGUGGGUCACACAUACCAGCUACAUAGUGUGCUCAGUGCUCUUUGGCUUGGAAAGGACUUAUACCCACGUUUGCUUGUUCAAAAUCAUUGCUUAGAGCUGCCUUUGAGCUGAAGGAGAGGUGAGAGUUACAGACAUGCUGCUUACUUGGAUUUCUUCUUUGAGAACAAAAUCCAGGAGGGAUGACAGGUAAAGGACCAGGCAUUAUAGCUGCUUACCCAUUCUACCAGUGGACAGGCUCCACAGGCCAUGUUCAGCUGGCUCCUAAUGGCUCCCUUGCAUGCACUUACUGUUUCAGGCCUGGUUACAGAUCCAUCUCCACUUGCAAAGACUAUCAUCAAUCGAGGAAAUCCUGCUACCUCCCUCAACACAGCCAUAGCACUCAGCAGUGCAGGGAGCAAACCUCUCGGAGACUGAUCAACAUUUACAAACUGAAGAAUGAGAGCAGGGCCAAUGUGAAGGAAGCAGUGAAAUAAUGAGCUUGUAAGUCAGCUUUAGAUCCUUUUAGUGUAUUUACUACUAUAAGUGCACAGAAGAGUCUGAUAUUAGUCAAAGCUAUGUCUAAGGCUGAAAUAUCCUUUAACAAAGGGAAAGGAUAAGUAAGUCGGUCAUUUCAUAAAAUAUCAUAUACAGAGGAAAUUCUGCAGUUUAAUGCCAGGUAAGAAUAGAUCAAAUUUGCCACCAAGCAUAGUAAUUUCUAACACUCAACUCCAUUUUCUCAGGAAUACUAUUUAUAAAGUACAAAACUGUAAAGGUUUUCUAUCUCAGCAGUCUCAUUAAAAAUACCAUUUUAUACUGACAGCUUUCAGUAAUCAUUGCAAAUUCCCAGAAGAUGUUUUUAAUAGAAGCUUUCCUUUAUCAAACAGCCUUCAUAUCAUCUGUCAGAGAAUGACUAGGACCCCUUUGUAAAACAGAUAUGUCUAAUCUUAAAACAAACCCACAGCUCAGCAAUGCAAGACAACACACUUACUUACUGUUUCUGGGGAGAGAAAUUAUUUUAAACCAGCUUCCUUGUUCCUCCCUGGAAUCAGCUGCUAUUCUUUAAAUCAGGCAUGCGGUACCUGAAAUGCUACUGGUACUCAAGGAUAUAACAUUAUGGUUUUGUGUUACUGUUUAUUCCAGUGAAGUCAAUACAGCAUUUAAAAUAACAGUGCUCUGUUCGGUCAUGGAAAUGUGAGUUGUUCAACUGCUCUACACGUUAGUGGCAUUGUCUUGGAUAAAUAUGAGGAUACAAAGAGCAUUCAGAUAAGCUGUAGAAUAGCUCAUACAAAAGUAUUUGAAAGAAGGACACAAGUUGUGUUUUUUUUUUUUUUUUUUAAAUUGAAGUAUUUGUUCACAGAGACCUGCUAAUUCAAAUAAGGAAGUACUGCAGUAAAAAAUUUUGAGGGGACAAACAAGCCUUUGACAGCUGACUUCAUACCGUGAAGUGAAAGAAAAGAAUAAGCAACUAAUGCUACCUGCUUAUAUCGGGUAGGUGGGAAGUGUUCAGGCAAGGACCAUCCAACUUUACUGUGGUGUAUGUACAAGCAGUAUAGUAAAUCAGCUGUCAGUACAGUAUUUUCAAGAGGGGAAAAUGAUGGAGAAUGUGUGUGCAGAAAUUAGGAUAUAUACAGUAUGUUGCUUUUCACAUAACAAUCAUUCCAUCUGUAAUUCAUGUAAGUAAGUGGUGUGUCUGUAAUAGGGCACUUCUGUUUAGCAUUUCAAAGAUGCUCAGUGGAAGCAGGAACAGUUCCAUGACUGCCAGGUUAGUACUUCACUACUACUACUACCUGUACCGUUCUGGUUUAAAAAAAAAAGAUCCCGUGAAAGUAAAAACCAAAAUCUUCCAGAAGCAAGACAGUGAUUUGGUCAGUGUUAAGGCGGUGUGUGGGAAGAAGGCAGCAAAAGGUGCUUGCUAGAGAGAAACUACAGCCAGGCAUCAGUGACCAGAUGGCUCCUUCCAGAUCUCCUUGCAAUGAAGCUGAUCAGUCCAUAUCUUUCCACGGAUGCAGGUCUCUGUGCGUACCACCAAGAGAGAUGCGGUAUCUAAGGAAACCUCUAGCAGAGCAUGUCACCAGGCCGAAGUUCAGCACUCACAAAGAACAGAAAGGCACUUCCUUAUGCUUAUGUUUCCAGAAGAAUUUUUGCUUUUUAUAAAAACUAAAGAAACUGAGACCAUCGCUUCUUGUGGUUCUGUUUUACAGCCGACCAGUUUGCAGUGCCUGCUAAAGGAAGAUUUUUUUCACGUCACUGUGUGACGUGCCACUGUUGAGCAGUGAUUGAAGGCCUUCACAGAGGAGUAGGGAGGAACAUGGAGACUGUGAUGAGUAAAAAAUGUACUGCUGCUUUGGCUGUGAAGGUGCAGGCAGACAAUCAUACAGCCUGAAUGGAUCCACCUCGCUGCUGCAGCUGACAAUUGAGCAAGCUCCUUCCCCACUGGGUUGAGGAAGCAUGCGUCUGUGAUAUGCCCUGCUCCAGUGUCACUUAAGGAAUCAACAAAGCUGCUGGGAUCGAUGCUCCUAGCUCCCACGCGCUCAUCAGUGCCAUUAAUGCAUGCAGCCCUCUUAAUUUCCUCGAGCCAAUACACCAGGCAAGGAUGGUGCCAGCUGCAAUGCUUGGAAAGGAAACGCCUCAAAGCACAGAAGAAGAUUUUGUAGCAACAUCUUCUGAUCACCUUUACAUUUCUCCCAGUCCUCCUGCUCCCUUUCAAUUCCUAUCAUCUUCUUUUCCUUUUCAACAGCAGUUCAGUAACAAGCAAAAUAGCUGCCACCCCAUUUCUUUGGUCUGGGUUACUGGUAAACAGGGGAAUGCAUUGUUCUUCUUCAGUCAUGUCAAUGUAACAAGACAAGUGCAAAUUGUUAAUCUAGGCGUAUUUCAAGGCACUUCAAAAGCAUGAGGAAGUGCAGCUCUCUCCAGUUCAAAGACAUAGGGAGAGAGGGAC